AAGGAAAUAAAAAUGUUAAAAUAAUUUAUAAAUUCGUGUUACGAUAUUGUUAGCAAAGUGCGCAAGGUGCUUACGUUAUAUUUUUAUAGGUUUCGUUUUACAACACUGACCAGAAGUCUACAAUAAAAUUUAGAGAAUAUUUUCAUAUCAGCUGUUGUGCUUUCUCUUUCACGCACAAAACUAAACGUCAAUUUAGAAUUAUAAAGUUAAGAAAAGUGUAAGCCAAACGGCUGAAAAUAAAAUUUAAUAGAAAACAAAAUUGUGAAAAUAUUUCAGUAUUGAAGGAAAAAUUUUGAACAUUCCCUACAACGAGUACCGUAAGCAUGUCAUCAAUGUCACCAAGUGAGAGACGACUUCACAAGGAGCUGAUGUCUUUAAUUAAGGAACCACCACCAGGCGUGACUGUUGAUACGGAAAGUGUUGGACAAAAUUUGGCAGAGUGGAAAAUACAAAUUGCUGGUUUUGAGGGUACGCUGUAUGAAGGAGAAUGUUUUGAGCUUCUAUUUAAAUUCAAUAACAAAUAUCCCUUCGAUUCGCCAGAGGUAACAUUUGUUGGAAAUAAUAUACCUGUUCAUCCUCACGUCUAUUCAAAUGGUCACAUUUGCCUCUCUAUUCUUACUGAUGAUUGGUCACCAGCGUUAUCAGUUCAAUCUGUGUGCUUAAGUAUUGCCUCCAUGCUGAGUAGCUGCCGCGAAAAGAAACGUCCGCCAGAUAACACACUCUAUGUCAAAACCUGCAACAAAAAUCCAAAGAAGACCAAGUGGUGGUACCAUGAUGACUCUGUCUAGUGUGAGUGGCAUACUGUCAAGUACCUCAAAAUUUUAAAAUCUUCUCUACAACAAUCGCUAUCGGUACUUUGGCUAGAAAUAAAAAAACCCCUCAAACACAUCAAGAGUAGGAAAAAUUUAUUUUUUAAAAAAUUGGCAAAACUUUGAUGU